AUGAGUAAUUUCUCUCCGCUCGAGAUUCCUCCCCUUUCGGAUUUCCCGUCGAGGCCGGAGGAUCUCGAACACCCACCUCCACCUUUAACUCUUUACGAUUUUACCCGUCUUCCCAAUCCACCUGACGACUGGGAAUAUUUCAAUGCCAAUUUUAAAGGCGUUGCAUUGGGUAAUAUUCGUUUAUUGAAGCUCCCACAGGCGCGAGUGUUGAUGAAGCAUUACUUCUGGGGAAUACAUUAUCAUGAACCAACUAACACCGCCAUGACAACGAGAAAGAAGCCAAAUGUCAAAACUCAACUGAUGCUUCUGUUCAAACUCAUCUACUACAUGCAAGAACGCCAUCGGCCGAAGACUUGGGUAGAUAUGCUCAAUGUUAACCGAGAUACUGGACCACGACUCUUGCGAUACGACCUCAAUCCACGCCCGAAGCCAAUCACUUGUGCACACCACCCCCCACCUCCACCACCUCCGGCGCCAACACUCGCCGCGCAACAAGAGGAAAUCCUCCGCAUGCAUCUCUUGAAUCACCUAAACCCUGGAGUCCAAUUUACACCGGCCUUUUCAUUGACCGAUCCGCCGGGCAAGAAGAUAAUGGCCCCCGCACCAGCCCAAAAACGGGGUUUAGACGAAGACAAGCUAUUCCGUCGCAAACGCUCGAGACAAAUGUCACCCGGUGCUCCUGCUUACCGCGGUUACCCUCGUUCCCCAACUCCACCGUUUCAAGAGCCCGUCUUUGCUGCUGAGGAUAUCACAACUUUCACCUGGAUGCCUGGCCUGGAACCUUCCUAUACAGUGGCUCCCAUUGGAAGGCACCAAUUGAGCUCCCUUGCCCCACAACCUUUAGGGCCAGUUGACACGCGAGAGAUUACGGAUCUCGUGGAACGGGCUGUGAUGCAGAUCGUGUAUGCUGAUUUGGACCGCGAUCCCACAAUUCCGUCUCUUGAAAAGCCUAUUCGCUACCGGACAGCCCAGUCUUACAAUGAUAUUCUCUCGAUGAAACUCGGAUCAUUCCCCACCACGCUAAAUGUAAAGCUGUCGCCAUUGACCUUUGAUUGGGAUCCAAAUGGCCCUGUAUUUCCGGUUCGGGGCCGCGGCCCUAUCUGGGAUUCAAUGUCUUGUGCAACAGAUGCUGUUAUUGUGGCGGGAAUGCUACUCGAUGCUGGUUGCACCAAGAUAGAUCGUGCAAAUAAUCGAGCAGCGGAGUUCAAAGAUAUCGAAAAAGCAUUCAUCGAAGUGACAAUGGCGAGCUGGGAGACCUUCGACGAAAAGACUUCUAUAUUUGUGCGUGAUGAGUGGCUCCGUAUGUUUAUCGAUGGCUCAAGCGGCUUGAAAAUGGGACAACCGAUUCCUCCCUGGGCGGUUUGCCAGAUCGCGCUUCCGUUCUACAACUCCCAUCAAGGAUCGUGCAUUUUACCUGGCUACCUACCGGGCGAUGAAAACGGAGUAGAUCUACAAGUGUUGAUCGAGCGAUGUUUCUACCCACGAAAGUCUUUCAAGUGUAAUAAGUGUGGUGAUCCGACGGGAGUUACCGGAGAACGAAAGAUCGGUCAACUCCCGCUGCGUCUGGUGGUGACCUCUGAUCUCAAGACGCGAAUCCGAAAUCAUACAGAGAACCUCAAGUUCAAUUACAUAGACUACGAAGACAAGCAACAGGUCGCACACUAUCGUUGGCUUGGCGGGAUCUAUAACAACGAGUCCCAUGCUCGUUUGUUUUGGACGGAUACGGCACGAGGCGAGAAAGAUGAUGGGAAUAUUAUGAUGUACGACAGCCAAAUCAAUUCCGGGGUCAUCGUCGGUGGCAUCCCAGCAUUUCAACGUGAAGAAAAAGUACCCACUGAAUGGGUCAGCCAUCACGCUAUUCCGCUCCUUUUCUAUGAACGAAUCAUGAAUCCCACCACCGACCUUUUGGCCAAGACCACCAACGCGAUGCUUGAGUUAGGCAAUUGCCUGAGCGUGAACAAAAACGUUCUCGAAGAACACAUCCCUUGGAAGCGAUCGACUCCUCCAUUGCAGCGCGAGUCAUGGCCUCGUAUACUUUCACAUAAUGGUGAACGCUUCAGCAAUUUCAACCCCGGAUGGGCAACAACGAAAACAUCCCCCAACCCAGCUGCUGCACAGACUGCCACACCCCCUCUGGCACCUAUGCUUAUUGACCCGGCGCUUCUUGAUCCAUUGGUCAUUGACCCAUCACUCAUUGAUCCAUCGCUUUACUCCACCCACACACCUCCGGAAUUCGACUUCACCGCAUUCAUGGAUGUGGAUGGACUUGGUGAUCCAUUGGCCAAUGAUCAAGACCCAACUGAGAAUACCAACAAGAACCAUCUGUUUAAGUCGAUGAUGCAGAGUCCGCGCUGGCUCCCUCCAAGUCCCGAUAUGUGGCCUUCAGGUUUACCUAGCGAGGAAGGAGCUCUAGACUUCCCCGAGCUACCUAUGUCACCCCAGUCGCCCAAUCUGGGCAAUCGCAAUCGCAAGCGUAAGAGCACUGGGUCAGAUAUUAGCAUGCCAGAUGCAGAGACUAUCCCUGAGCUUCGAAGCCGACUCUUUGGUAAUAGGCACGGUAAUGAGCUGAAGAGGACGGCGAUGCAAAACUACGCUAUUUCGAAGCAGGCCCUGAAUCCAAGAGAGAAGCAGGCCCUGCGGAUAGAGAAGGUGCGUGGAUUCAGAUCCAGGAUGAGAUUCAGUGACCAAGACGACAACGACGAGGAAGUGGAGCGAGAGGAGGAAAUUAACCGAAAGAAUGCCGAGAGGCAAAGGAAUCAGGACCUCUUUGAACGGAAAAGGCAAGAGGAACGUGAGAAGAAAAAGAGAGAGCAGAUCGAGAAGAAGAGGAAAGAGGAACAGAAGAGGCAAAAAGAACUCGAAAAGAAGAAGAAAGUAGAGGUAGAAGAUGAGAGUGAAGAAGUGGUACAGGAGAAAGACCCGAAAUGGACGAGAGAGGAAUAUUAUAAACAGCAAAGACAGAAGGGCGAACAGAAGAAACAGCAAGAGGCGAAGCCGAGGGUAUCUAGACGACCUGGAUUGAGGAAUUCGAAGAACAAGAAUACCGAUCCAACUUGGAGACCUGGUGAUAGUGAUGCUGAUGAUGCUGAUGAUGUUGAUGAUGGUAAUGAUGGCAAUGAUGCCGAUAAGGCAGAUUUGUCUUGA